CCAGGCAGAGACGAUUCUGCCUCUCCUCCCAACACGCUAAACUUCAACGGAGCGCAUCGUAAGAGGAAGACGCUGGUGGCCCCUGAUAUCAACAUUUCUCUGGAUCAGAGUGAGGGAUCCCUGCUGUCCGACGACUUCUUGGAUACCCCUGAUGACCUGGAUAUUAACGUGGAUGACAUUGAGACCCCCGAUGAGACGGACUCGCUGGAGUUCCUGGGGAAUGGCAACGAACUGGAGUGGGAAGAUGACACCCCCGUGGCCACCGCCAAGAACAUGCCUGGGGACAGCGCGGAUCUAUUUGGGGACGGCACGACGGAGGACGGCAGUGCCGCCAACGGGCGCCUGUGGCGGACAGUGAUCAUCGGGGAGCAAGAACACCGUAUAGACCUGCACAUGAUCCGGCCUUACAUGAAAGUGGUCACCCACGGAGGGUACUAUGGCGAAGGCCUCAACGCCAUCAUCGUCUUUGCAGCCUGCUUCCUUCCAGACAGCAGCCUCCCCGACUACCACUACAUCAUGGAGAACCUCUUCCUGUGA